GGGGCGCUUGGCGGGAGGGGCCCGGAGCCCCCCGGCCAGCCUCUGCGGGGAGGGCGCCAUGGCCACGGAGUACGAGGGCAUCUCGCCGUCCAACUGGAAGGAAAUAGUCAACAAGAAGCUGAAGUUCCCCGAGGGUCUCCUGGCUGCCAUCCAAGAUGGGCAGCUGGUUAAGAUCCAGCAGAUGCUGCACGUCAGCGACGGGAUCUUGCGGCAGCUGGACGAAAGCGAGGACCGGGCCUGGCGCGAGGCGCUCAACUUGGCCAUCCGCACAGGGGGGGUGGAGAUCACCAAGACCCUCUUGCGCUUCGUGAAGUUCGACUUCCGGCAGGUCCACGAGGCCCUCCUGGUGGCCGUGGACACCAACCAGCCCAGCGUGGUCAAGCAGCUCCUGGACCGGCUGGACCAAGAGAAAGGCAUGAAGAUGGACAUCAAGUCCUUCUCCAUGGCCUUCUUCGACAACUCCAUCGAUAACUCCCGUUUCGCCCCCGGGGUGACCCCGCUCACCUUGGCUUGCGAGAAGGACCUCUACGAGAUCGUGGACAUGCUGAUGAAGAAGGGCCACACCAUUUCCCCGCCGCACAAGGUCUCCUGCGCCUGCCUGGAUUGCUCCAACGGGCGGAAGUUUGACCUGCUCAAGUUCUCGCUCUCCCGCAUCAACACCUACAAGGGCAUCGCCAGCCGGGCCUACCUCUCCAUCGCCAGCGAGGACCCCAUGCUGACCGCCUUCAAACGCAGCCGGGAGCUCAAGUGGCUCUCCAAGAAGGAACCGGAGUUCAAGCCAGAUUACCUGGCGCUGGAGGACCUGUGCCAGGAGUUUGCCUUUGAGCUCCUGGGCAUGUGCCGCAAUCAGAGCGAGGUGACGGCCGUCCUGAACGAGCUGGGGGAAGACGAGAUGGACGAGGAGGACGACGGGAUGGACGACCAGGCCUUAGCGGCCGGAUUGGCACACUGAAGACCCCCAGUUCAUGGCCGAGGUGCUCUUUGCUGUCACCAGCAUGCUGAGCUUCACGCGCCUGGCCUACAUCCUCCCUGCCCACGAGACCCUGGGGACGCUCCAGAUUUCCAUUGGGAAGAUGAUUGACGACAUGAUUCGAUUCAUGUUCAUCAUGAUGAUCAUCCUGACUGCUUUCCUCUGUGGCAUGAACAACAUCUAUGUCCAUUAUCCAUCAUCGGAGCGUCUGGGAAGCUUCAACAAGACCUUCCAGUUCCUCUUCUGGACGAUGAUGGGGAUGGAGGAACACAACGUGGUGGACAUGCCUGAAUUCUUCGUGGCUGAGAUGGUGGGCCAGGUGCUCUAUGGGAUCUUCACCAUCGUCAUGGUGGUCGUCCUUCUCAACAUGCUCAUUGCCAUGAUCACCAACUCUUUCCAGAAGAUCGAGAAUGACGCCGACGUAGAGUGGAAAUUUGCCCGCUCGAAGCUCUACCUGUCCUUCUUCAGGGAAGGAUUAACGUUGCCGGUUCCCUUCAACAUCAUCCCGACGCCCAAGUCCAUCUUCUAUGCCAUCCGAGGCUCCUGUCGCUUCAUUUGCUGCCACAAAGGAAAGAAGAAUCAGAAAUAUCCCCCGAUCAACACCAUUAGCAACCCCUCGGUGGAAGAGGGGGUCGGCCGGACGGAAACCCGCCUGUCUUAUCGGCGCCAGGUGCUGAAGGCUCUGGUGCAGCGCUACAUCGACACGGCCAGGAGGGAGCUGGAGGAGAGCCGGAGGAAAGAUUGCCAACUUCUUAAUGGAGAGGAACUCUUAGACCUCUGGUGGCUCUAUAAGAGGCAUCAAUAG